AGCCCAGGAAGUCAAGUAGUUCAGGUCCAGUUUUAAAAGAAUAAUAGUUCUAAAAAAAAGUCUUGGAGAAAAACAAUAUUCAGGUUUGAAAUCCUGCUGUAAAUGUAAAUCAUUUAAUUUUUAUGCAUUUGUAAUUUACCAGAAACAUUUUAAUAAAUAUUGAUUGUUUUGUAUGUCCAGAAAAGUGUUGAAAUUAAACAGGGCUCGACAUAAAGGACUGCCCGGUUGCCCGGGGCCAGUGUGAGAGACGCUCGGGCCAGUAAACAGUAUUGUCACUUGCCCGAUCGGGCCAGUGCUCCCGCCCCCAUCACAAAAAUAUAUUUUUUGGCUGCAGCCGUUUGUCUGCAUGUAUUCUUAUGAAACGUUACCAUCGAGACGCAUUUUAAGCGUUGCGAACGUAAACUUCUUAGCAAUGUCAUACAUUUUCUCUUACCUUAUUGGUUGUUGUGGACACUGUUGCGUGUUUUGCGUAAUACGUCAGCUGGUAGUAGUAGAGCACAAAUAUGUUAAGAUGGCGGAGGCGCCGGCGCAUUCUAAUUAUGAGGCAAAACGUAAAAGAACCUUUUUAACAUCUUGGAAGCAGGCAUUUACCUGGAUAAAACACGACGAAAGAAACGAUGUGAUGUUUUGCACAGUUUGUCAUCAGUUUCCAGGUAAAGCAGACAAGUCGGGAUCUUUUUUCAUUGGCACCAGCAACUACCGCAAACAAAACCUUGAAGCUCACGAAAAAGGUCGACAGCACAUAGCGUGCAUGGUUGCUAAAAGGGUUGCUGAUAACCCUUCUUCUGGUCCACUGAACUUAAUGGUGAGACGUAUGAAUGACGAGAAUUUCCAGCGCAUCGAGAAACUUGUCAACACAGCAUAUCACGUCGUCAAGAAUGAACAGCCAUUCGUGUCAUUUGAAAAGUGUAUUGACUUGCUUAAAAUAAACGGGGUUGAUGUGGGAUCUCAGUACCACACAGAUGUUGCAUGUCAGAGGUAAGAAAUCUCUCGUUUAACAUCUUUACUAAUAGUUAAAUCUUUCCCCGCCAAUAUGAGUUUUUAAGACAAUCCAUAUUUCCGGUAAACCCACUAGGUGUCGCUCUUAACCAAUUUAUAAAACACUGAACCAUUUUACUGAUCUAAUCUGAUCUCUAACAAAAGUCCUUACAAAAAUGGAGUUAUCUCAGAAUUUGGUAUUUUAAAGGAACCUAUCCGUGAUGAAUAAAAAUGAAAAUGGAAUGAAAAAAAAUAUAUAUAUUUUGGUUGGCAAAAAAAAAACAGCUGGCGGGGAAAGAAAUAAGUCAGCUAAAUGCUCCACUGCUAUAUAUAAAUAUGUGCUAUAUAUUUUCUAUACUUCUAUUUGUUUCCAUCACGUUAUGAUUUUGACCUAUUAUAACUUCUUCUAAAUAUUUAUAAUUCUAGAUUCACAGAGACUAUCUUUGAGGUUCUUUGGGAAGAGAUGCUAACUGAGAUUAAGGCAGCCCACUUCAUUAGGGUGCUGGCAGAUUCUUCUUCAGAUUCUAGUGGAAGAGAGUUGGAGGGUGUUUAUGUUAGAAUCCUUCACAAAAGUAUUCCCAGAAAUAUAUUCAUUGGAGUGGAAGAACUGCCAAAUACUACUGCACCUGGACAUUACACUGCCAUCAAAAAUGGUAAUGAAAAACACAUCAAAAGAACUGUGUUGUAAUGAUGCAAAAUGUUGAACUCUUUGUAUUGCUUCUUCAGAAAGCAGAUCUUCUUGAUUGGAGGGAACAGAUAGUAGGAUUUGGCUCAGAUGGAGCGGCUGUUAUGGUGGGGAAGCAUGGAGGUGUUGCAACAUUGAUGAGGCAAGAUGUUCCACACCUUAUUAACCACUGCUUAGGACAUGGAAUAGAGUUGGCUGCUCUUGAUACAAUCAAUGCCCAUGAAAAAAUGAAGAGAGUAAUGGAUAUGCUUAAAGGACUGUACAAGCAGUAUCAUUAUUCCCCAAAAGCUUGGAGAGAGUUAAAAGAGGUGGGGGAUAUGCUAAACCAGAAGGUAUGGAAGCCCACUAAUUUAGGAGGAACAAGAUCUGCAAGUGCUGACAUGAUUGGUCGAGCCAAACAAUGCCUUUAUUUACUCAAGGAUUAUGAGCAGCUGUCAUUCAUUGUGCUGGUGCAAGACAUCCUUAAGACCCUUAGCAGGUAUGUUAUAAUUUAUAAUUUGUUUGUUAAAAUAGUACUGUAGUUUAGGUAUACAAUGUCACUUUUUGCAGUUUAAGUCUCAAACUCCAGGAGGAUGGCCUGACCCUACCACAGGCUUUGC